AUGGCAACCCCAUUUCUUGGAUACGGUGAUGAAACUGUUAGGAAGGCACAAGGGCGUGAAGACGAUGACGAUGGAGCUUCUGUAGCUGAUCGUCAGUGGGAGGAUGAGGAAGAAGUAGAGGUUGACCGCGAAUGGUAUCUCCAGGACGAUGAGGGCGGUGUUGCAGGAGACGCUGACCAUAAUCCAUUUGCCCAAUAUGAGGAUGCACAUGGGCAAGUUAACCAAAAACUAGCUAAGCGCCAGCAGAGAUUGACAGCACGCCAGGCUCAAUAUAACGUUGAUCUUGAUUCAUGGGAAAACAGCCGACUUCAAUCAGGGGGCGUGGGCGGCCGCCAAGCUGUUCGAGAUGAUAUUGAUGAUCAUGAAGAAGGGCGUGUACAUCUGCUUGUUCACAACCUUCGACCACCAUUCCUGGAUGGUAAAACUGUCUAUACAAAACAGAUUAACCCUGUGAGUCCUGUACGUGAUCCAACGUCCGAUCUGGCUAUGUUCGCCUUAAAGGGAAGUCGGCUGGUCAAGGAACAUCGCGAGCGUGCAGAGAGAGCCAAAGCUGCAGGAAGGGUAGCCUCUUUGAAAGGUACUCAGCUUGGAAAUAUUAUGGGUGUCAAGGAUGAUGACGAUGAGGAUCCCCAACAGAAGAGCAGUAUUGAUCCAUCUCGAGAUGAUGGUAAAGGCGACUCAAAAUACGCGUCACAUAUAAAGAAAGGCCAGGGUGCUUCUGCUUUUAGCAGAAACAAAUCUUUGCGCGAGCAACGUCAAUACUUGCCUGCCUUUGCCUGUCGGGAAGACCUGUUGAAGGUCGUGCGAGAAAAUCAAGUGGUUGUAAUUAUCGGUGAGACCGGCAGUGGCAAAACUACGCAGCUCUGCCAAUUCCUCCAUGAGGAUGGCUAUACUGACUACGGUAUGGUAGGGUGCACCCAGCCUCGUCGUGUUGCCGCUAUGAGUGUUGCGAAACGUGAGACCAAGAUCAAAUACAUGACCGAUGGUGUUAUGCUUCGUGAAUCGCUUACCGAAAAGGAUCUUGAUCGGUAUUCAGCUAUUAUUUUGGAUGAAGCCCACGAGCGUAGUCUGAGCACGGAUGUACUGAUGGGUCUGCUGAAGAAAGCCACCAUGAAUGCGGAAGGGUUUUCGAAGUUCUAUGGAAGAGCUCCUAUCUUCACUAUCCCUGGCCGUACUUUCCCAGUCGAUGUCAUGUUCAGCAAAACUCCUUGUGAAGAUUAUGUCGAAAGCACAGUUAAGCAAAUCUUGACGAUACACUUAUCACAAGGCAAAGGUGAUAUCCUGGCUUUCAUGACGGGUCAAGAAGAUAUUGAGGUGACCUGCGAAGUGGCAGUGGAUCGACUAAAGCAACUGGAAGGCGCCGCGCCCCUGUUGAUGCUUCCGAUCUACUCACAAAUGCCAGCAGAUUUACAAGCACGUAUUUUCGAGCCUUCGGCGAACGGCGAACGGAAGUGCAUUGUGGCCACCAACAUUGCAGAAACAUCGCUCACAGUGGAUGGCAUCAUGUUUGUCGUGGAUUGCGGGUAUAGCAAACUCAAGCUGUACAACCCUCGGGUAGGUAUGGAUUCCCUUCAGAUUACCCCAAUCAGUCAAGCCAAUGCAUCCCAGCGAUCGGGGCGAGCGGGGCGAACGGGUAAAGGCAUGGCCUAUCGACUGUACACCGAGGUGGCUUUCCAUAAUGAGAUGUUCCAGAGCACUAUUCCCGAGAUCCAGCGAACCAAUUUGGCCAACACUGUCCUGUUGCUCAAGUCGUUGGGGGUGAAGAACCUGUUGGAGUUUGAUUUCAUGGACCCACCUCCCCAAGACAAUCUUUUGACAAGUAUGUAUCAGCUUUGGGUACUCGGUGCCUUGGACAAUAUGGGAAACCUUACGCCUCUGGGCCAGAAAAUGAGCGAGUUUCCUAUGGAACCAAGCUUGGCCAAGAUAUUGAUUAUGAGCGUGGAGUACCGGUGCUCGGAAGAGAUGCUCACCAUCUGGCGAAACAAUGGCUUUAAGGACAGCUGGUGCAACCGCCAUUUCUUGCAUGCGAAGCUGCUUCGUAAGGCUCGCGAGGUGCGUGCACAGCUGGAAGAUAUCCUCAAGAGCCAGAAGCUUGCUUUGGUGAGCUGUGGGACCGACUGGGAUGUGAUACGCAAGUGUAUUACGUCCGGCUACUUUCACCAGGCCGCACGCGUUAAAGGCAUUGGCGAAUACCGAAACUGUCGCACAGGUGUUCCCAUGCAUUUGCAUCCGACAAGUGCGCUCUAUGGUCUUGGCUACACGCCUGACUUUGUCGUGUAUCACGAGCUGACGCUCACCUCCAAAGAGUACAUGGGCACAGUGACGGCUGUGGACCCGCAUUGGCUUGCCGAACUUGGCGCGUAUGUAUAA